GCCCAAUCGGGACGAAGUCUUGGCUGGCCCGGGCUCUCGUGGGCUCGCUCACUCGCUCUAGGGAACCGGCACCAUGGCGUCGGGCUGCAAGAUCGGCCCGUCCAUCCUCAACAGCGACCUGGCCAACCUGGGGGCCGAGUGCCUGCGCAUGCUGGACUCGGGGGCCGACUACCUGCACCUGGAUGCACCCUGCUCUUCAGGGAGGCAUUUUGUUCCCAACAUCACUUUUGGUCACCCUGUGGUUGAAAGCCUCCGAAAGCAGCUAGGCCAGGACCCUUUCUUUGAUAUGCACAUGAUGGUAUCUAGGCCAGAACAGUGGGUAAAGCCAAUGGCUGUGGCAGGUGCCAAUCAAUAUACCUUUCAUCUUGAGGCAACUGAGAACCCCGGGGCUUUGAUUAAAGACAUCAGGGAGAAUGGAAUGAAGGUUGGCCUUGCCAUCAAACCAGGAACGACAGUUGAAUAUUUGGCCCCAUGGGCUAAUCAAAUAGAUAUGGCCUUGGUAAUGACUGUAGAACCUGGGUUUGGAGGGCAAAAAUUCAUGGAAGAUAUGAUGCCCAAGGUUCACUGGUUGAGGACCCAGUUCCCAACUUUGGAUAUAGAGGUCGAUGGUGGAGUAGGUCCUGACACUGUUCAGAAAUGCGCGGAGGCAGGAGCUAACAUGAUUGUGUCUGGCAGUGCCAUCAUGAGGAGUGACGACCCCAGAUCUGUUAUCAACUUACUAAGGAAUGUCUGUUCAGAAGCUGCUCAGAAACGUUCUCUUGAUCGAUGAAGCCAAGAAACCCAAUUUCUGCUCAUGAAAUCUUUUUUACUGGGAAAAUUAACUACCAAAUCACAUUGAAUCGAAGCAGUGCUGCAUUCCAGUGAUUAAAUUCAAUUGUGCAGGAUGUUCAAGAGGUUAGAAAUAACUACCUUUUUAGUGAUGCCAUUUAGAGAUUAGCAUGAUAAAAUGUUUAUAUUGGGAAAAUGAUUUUUUUUUGUAAAGAGUGAAAACAUGGAUUUAAGAUUACAGAAAUGUGUCGUAAGGCCUAAAGAGGACAAUGAGCUACUAUGAAAACCAAUUUUUCUGUAUUUUUAAGAAGAACGUUCUGUUGUUUCUCUGGUUUAUCCCUAAAGCAAAUGACAUCCAUAUUUUCUGUUUCAUGUCAUUUGUGGUUUGUUUAUAUGCCUGGAAUAUGAAUGGAAGGGACUAAAAUUAGAAGCUUUGGUGGGGUGGCAUGUCAUGGUCUGGCAUCGGAAACAUUUUUUAUCUUAUACUUGGUUUACUAAAGAAUAUAAAAAUGUGUGAAGCCUAGAGCUUCUGAAAUGCAAGCACAUAUCAAAGUAUUUUCUUUGUCACAGCAGGCUACUCAGUUAUUCUUUCCUGCUCCUGGUUCUCACUCAACCACCAUUCUUAAGGCUGUGAAAUAAUACUGUUGUGAUAGUUGUGAGCAGAAAGGAACCAUACAGUCUCUCUUGGAAGCUCAUUGGUUUGAAUCCAGGUUGGCCCCAAAAAUUACUCAACCUUUCUUUUUUCUAUUAUCAACUCUUAUGUAUGUUGAAUGGAACCAUAGAUACCAUGUGUUGAGAAUUAAAAACAUAACAUGAUCUUGGAAAUUCUACUCUUAAGACUGUAGGGGAUGCUCAACAAAAUGACAAGCACUGUGUAUGUUGUGAGUUAUUGGGCACUUUGGUAUAAUCCCAUUAACUCUUAGAUUGUCAUAAUUGUUAGAGCAUGUAUUUUUUGGGCUGGUACAUAGAAAGGGUCCAGUAAGCAGGCUUCCUGGUAUAUCCUACUGCUCUGACAACAGCCAGCUCUUGAGAGGUGGAUUAGUAAGAAGAAGGUUUUUUUUAACAUUUUUUAUUUUCAGUACCUAUACCUUUUAGCAGAAUCAGAGUAAGUCAAGAAUACCCUGGAAAUACACAUUUGACCCCAAGGGUGUCUAUAUAAUUUCUCUAAGAAAGAAGUAGGCUAAGAGAAGACAGGAUACAGACUUAAUUCAUGAACUAAGUAUUAAUAACGGUGUUCCCACUGAAAAUAUGUAUCGGCAACUUCAGUCCCCCUCUUGAAUAUGACAACAAUACAACUAGUAUUAUGAAAUUUCUUCAGGCUACUAUGAAUUUUGAGAAAUAGGUUUUAAAUUAUAAGAACACUGAUAUAUGUAGGCAUGAAACACAGCUUGCUGGGGCUUUUCCUGCCCUGUAAGGUAAAGUUUAUUAGUACUUGUUUUUAUUUUAUUUUAGGAAAAGUUUGUGCAUUUAAUCAAAUGACACAAUACAAGGCAUAUAGAAAUAACUUUAAUUAAAAAACUAUGUAGAAGAUUAUAAUAUCAGUCAUGACAAAGAUUUGAAUUUAUUUGCUGGGACAACUUGUAUUUUUCUGGCUUUUGUUAUCUUUUUCUUUAAAAAUAAAUGUACAGUAAAACUAUAA